AUGGACAGAAGCUGGAUGCAAGUUACAUAUAGAUUGAGUAGAGAGUACAUUAAAGGAGUAGAUGAUUUCCUGGAUUUUGCAUCAACCAACGGCAACGAGAAAGGUUGUGGUAGAAUGAUAGAUUUGAUUAAAGAUGUCAGAGGGCCUGAAGUUGUGGAUUUUAUAAUGCAUGAUGCCUCAGAAGAAGAUAUAGUUCAGCCCGAUCUAGAAGAACCUCCCAAGCAUAAUGGGACAACAGGUCCCUGGUUCUACACGAGGGCGAAGGAGAAGAAGCAAUCAAUCGUUUCGUACAAGCAGAAUUUGUCGAGAAACAGGGCAGCAAUGGUGGGCGAAUUAGAACAAGCGAAUUUGACAUCCUAUACUCGCUGUUUGGUGGGAGAGAAGGUGUGCUCUGUGUACGUCAAUGGUGAGAUCAAAUCAAACCUGAUUAGCUCUCGUGCAGUGGCUAAAUUGGGGCUGCCAAUUCGAAAACUUCCAGUCCCUUAUUCGUUGCCAUCGUUGGAGGAAAAAGACUCUGUUUUCGUAACAGAGGAAGUAAGCCUACCAUUCAGAAUUGGGAGAUACGAAGAUGUGGUUCGGUGCAACGUGGUGCCUUUGAAAUUGACUCAUGUUGUGCUUGGCAAGCCUUGGCACGAUGAUAACGAUGCUAGAAGGAGCAGAAGAACGAACCACGUGAGAUUGCGGCAUUGUGGAGCAACUUUUGCUUUGAAGUUUCUAUCGCUGGAGGAAGCGGCUGAAGAUCGAUCAACCCUGCUACAACAGCUCCGUGAAGAGGAGGAACGAGCUAAGGCAGUGGAGGCUUCAGCUUGGGAGCCGCCUUUGAAGAAGCUGGAGUUUCGGCACGUUAAAAGCAACCAGCUCGUCAGAGCUGACGACCUCUGUUCUUCUCGGAGGAAACAGAGUCCUCAAUCGGCUCGCGUGGCUGGAACACUCGGAGGAGUGUCGAGACUGGAAGAGGACGUCGACACGUUACCCAUGAACCCAGAAACGUUGGAAAUAGCUUCAAAGGAAGCGAGUAUCACUGAAAGCCCAUAUUCAAUUCUCGGAAAAAAACCUCUGCUGACGGCGACGAUGGAGCAGAGCAAGAGAGAGAAUGAAUGGGUUGGAAUCACCGGCGAUGAGUCGAGCAAUACCACCAGCGCAGAACUGAUCUCGGAUGGAGACAAAGAGAGCAUUAGCAUGUCCUUCAUGCAAUAA